AUGCCGACUAAAGGAAAGAUACAAACGAUGUUCCGUUUUGAGAUGUUUGCGAUGAUUCUUUUAGAAGUUAUAGUCUGUGCUAGAUGCCGUGUAAGAGAAGAAUAUUUUAUUCGGCAAAAAGGUUAUCGCUUGGUAAACAGCCUGCUAGACAGUCUAGUCGUAGCUUCGUCAAUAGACUGUGUCUUGAAAUGCACAGAGAACAAUCUCUGCCUGUCAGUCAAUUAUCAAGAUGGCAGCAGUGACGUCAGUCAGUGUUACCUUAACAACAGGACGAGACGAUCAGCCCCAGCUGCGGACUUCAAAUCGGACUCAAAAAGCUCGUAUAUCGAAAAGGAUCCCUGUGCUAUAAAUCCUUGUUGGUUUGGGAGCUGUUCACUGAGCAGUGCAAAAGAUGGAUUCGUGUGUACCUGCAAGCCUGGAUUCAAAGGCUCACUGUGUGAAACAGAGCGAAUUGGGUGGUCAUCCCAUAAACCUGGUAAGUCUUGCAAGGACAUCAAGUCAAAUGGUGACGCAGUGCAUGAUGGGAAAUACUGGAUUGACCCAGAGAAUUCUGGGAAUGCUAUACAGGUCUACUGCGAUAUGAGCAACGAGGGAGGUGGAUGGCUACUUGUCUCCAAUGUCAUCCUUCCAAAUCCAGCCAACAUCCCAUCAUUGACCUUGCGCACAUCUUACCGUGACAUUGCCAACUAYAACGAUAACACAACCGUUCUCUCCCCAACUACACUUAACCAAAUUCGUCAGCUUACAGGCUUUACCCAGCUMAGAUUUCAAUGUCGUCUAGCGAAAGUUGGUCGCACUCUMCACAUGAUAACAACAGCAGACUCCAAAGGCAAAGCUGUUGUCGACUACUUCACGGCRUCMUCAGGUUCCCCACCUCAAGCUUGCRAMUCAUUUUAUCGAGGAACCGGGGACACUUCAAUGCUCGCUGCUAAGUGCAGUCAAUGGAAAGACGGCGGCGUCUGGAGUUCAUCAUCGAGAUCCAGUAGUACCUGGAAACUACAUGAUCACGCUUUUUAUGUACCAAACCUGUAUCACUGGAUCACAAAGCCAUCAUCUGUACAAUGCGAUUCAAGAAUCACAUCUUCAAGCGACCGCAGUCCUGGUGAUUACUGGAAAAUUUACGUCCGCUAGAAUGGAACAUCUUCAUUCAUGGAAGCACUCGCAUAGACUUUGUCUUCUUUACAUACGGAAAGGAAAGCACAAAUUA